AUGUUUGCCGACUUGUGGGACAAGCAUGGAAUCGAGAAAUUAUUUACUAUCAACCUAGCAGAGGCUUACCACCGCCAGCUAAACACUCUGGUGGAAGCGGAUUAUACUCUCCUGGGAGAGCUGAUUGGGGUCUUUCGUAACCCCGACAGUGAAGCCGAAUCGGCCUUGACGACGCUGAAGCAGAAUCCAGCACACGUGAUACGUCCGGGCCGAGGACCUGGAAAGGCGAAAAAGUAUAGCUUCCGAGAUGAGAAGGUAUUACAAAAGACUUUGAGAUUUCAUCGUCAGUAG